AACGAAACUGUAGCUGAUGAACUGUUACCAAACGCUGUGACCGAAUCAAAUCCGGACGAGUUGGAUGAAGUGACGUCUCGUACCCCGUAUGACAAUGAACUUUUACGAGAAGAUGACGACGAUGGGGACGGGGACAACGAGAACUGUAUUAAACCAUCCUGA